AAUGGAAAUAACUAAGAAAAAAUGUCAAAUUGGGAAUUUUAUGAAAGUAAAUUAGAGUGGAAAAGGUUUUUAAAUAAAACAAAAAAGUAUGAAAAUAAUUAGUUGGACCUUUUUUUUUUUUUUGAUGGUAUAAUUAGUUGGACAUUUUUGUAAAAAUACGCAACAUAUAAUAUAACACGUCCUCCAAAACCCUAGCUUCUUCUCUGCUAUUGCUGCCGGAGAGAAAAAUCGUAGAGAAAUCCUCACAGCUCAAAAAUGGUGAAGUUCUUGAAACCGAACAAGGCAGUAAUCCUCCUGCAAGGUCGCUUCGCUGGCCGGAAGGCGGUGAUCGUGCGUUCCUUCGACGAUGGCACCAGGGAACGCCCCUACGGCCACUGCCUCGUCGCCGGCAUCUCCAAGUACCCAGCCAAGGUCAUUCGCAAGGACUCUUCGAAGAAGAUUGCUAAGAAGUCUCGCGUCAAGGCGUUUGUCAAGCUGGUGAACUACAGUCACGUUAUGCCCACCCGGUACACCCUCGAUGUGGACCUCAAGGAUGUGGUGACUGCCGAUGCGCUGCAGUCGAGGGACAAGAAGGUGACUACGGGGAAAGAGAUCAAGAAGAGGUUCGAGGAGAGGUUCAAGACUGGGAAGAACAGGUGGUUCUUCUCCAAGCUCAGGUUUUGAAUCUGGUUAUGGUUUAUGCUAUGUUUUCCUUGAAUUUAUAGAUUUUAUAUGAUAUCUGGAAUUUUGAGCAGUUUUUAGUUUAUUAGCAUUUCAAGUUUUGUGAACGAGAUAUAUUGAUUUAAUGAUUUACGAUUGUGAUUCUUGUUUUUAUUCGAUUUUUCGCAUUCUGUUGUGAUUCAGAGGUUGAAGGAACUCUCUUUCUUAACUCUACGCAAUAGGUUGAAGUUAUGCUUGAUUUAGUUGAAUGCAGAUGUGUUUGUUUUGGUUUUCUGUACCUUGAGCAGAGAUUUUUACGUUUGGGGAUAUUGAGAUUGCCUUUGGCUGCUCCAUUUGAGAAUUAAUUAUACUGCUUCAUUAUUUUGAAAAUGCUGUUGAUGAAUUGGAUGGUGUACAAGUGUGAUGAUGCUUUUAAGUCUUCAUUUUCUGCAGCAUCUUGGUCACACACUAUAUGUCGUUCUGGAUGCCAUUUGAU